GGAAAAUGAGGAGCCAGUCCUAUGGAAGCUCUUGAUAAGGACAGUCUUCUCUUGGUUAUGCAAGUUUCUGAGGGGGUGCCAGCAUUCUCAGCUGACUUGUCCAAGUCAGUCUGUUAUCUCUGGACAACCAUGGAAAUCCCCUGCAUCUCCCCAGCCAAGUGCUGGGUCCUCUCCUCUGAGAGAGAAGUCCUCAUUAGCUAUUGGGCUGGCGGUUUGGUUUGGAGCCCUACCUUAAGGGAGGCAAAAAUCCUGCCACAGAUAAACUUCCAUUAAUGGGUUGCCUCACUUGUUGAGCUGCCUCCAUUUUCCAGACUCUGUAUUUCUGUUCUUUCUAUGUUAUUUUUUCUGUGCUGUUCCGGCCGAUUCUCUGGGAAGUGACACUCCCUGCUCUAUGUGAGUCACCAACACUGUCUUUGCCGGAGAGAAAUGAGCCAUUUACUUGGUGGAAGAAAAUAGCUUGACUUAAUUAAGUAUAAUAUUAUUAAAUAUAAUUAAAUAUAAAUGAUGGAAAAUCUGAUUAUAGCCACAUUCUUUUUGUUGUUAAUUUGUGUGGGCUUUAUUUGUUUGUUUGUUUUUGGAUAGAGUUUUAUACAGUGUAGGCUGUCUUCAAACUCCUGCUCUUCCUGCCUUCAUCUCUCAAGUGCUGGGAUUCUGUGUGUGAGCCAUCACACAUGUCCAAAUGCUGGGAAAAGGCUUUUCUGUUUUCAAAAAGGAGAAAUUACUUCGGGCAUAAAACGUCAACUUGCUGGGAUGAUUGGAAGGUCUUGCCUACGCAAAAGGUCAAAUCGUGGAGGAUGUUACAUGUUCUGUGGACCUUCUGGAUCUUGGUGGCCAUGACAGAUCUCUCCAGGAAGGGAUGUUCUGCUCAGGCAUCUCUGUCAUGUGAUGCUGCUGGUGUGUGUGAUGGCCGCUCUAGGUCUUUCACCUCCAUCCCCUCAGGACUCACAGCAGCCAUGAAGAGCCUUGACCUGUCUAACAACAAGAUCACCUCCAUUGGCCAUGGUGACCUUCGGGGGUGUGUGAACCUCCGGGCCCUGAUAUUGCAGUCCAGUGGGAUCAACACCAUAGAGGAAGAUGCCUUUUCUUCCCUGAGCAAGCUUGAAUAUUUGGACCUGUCUGAUAAUCACUUAUCCAACCUAUCUUCCUCCUGGUUCAGGCCUCUUUCCUCUUUGAAAUACCUAAACUUGCUGGGAAAUCCUUAUAGGAUACUGGGGGAAACACCACUGUUUCUCAACCUCACACAUUUACAGACCCUUAGGGUAGGAAAUGUUGCCACCUUCAGUGGGAUCAGGAGAACAGAUUUUGCUGGACUGACUUCUCUUGAUGAACUUGAAAUCAAAGCGCUAAGUCUCCAGAAUUAUGAGCCCGGAAGUCUGCAGUCCAUUCAAAGCAUCCAUCACUUAACCUUUCACCUAAGUCAGUCUGAUUUCCUGCUGGGGGUUUUUGAAGAUACUCUGAGUUCUGUGGGAUAUUUAGAACUGAGAGAUGCUAACUUGGACAGCUUCUACUUUUCAGAACUGUCCACGGAUGAAAUGAAUUCACCGAUGAAAAAGCUGGCAUUCCAAAAUGCAGAUCUCACUGACGAAAGUUUUAAUGAACUUCUGAAGCUGUUGCGUUACACUCCAGAACUGUUGGAGGUAGAAUUUGAUGACUGCACCCUCAAUGGAGUGGGCGAUUUUCAGCCCUCAGAGUCAGACGUAGUGAGAGAGCUAGGCAAAGUAGAAACGCUAAUAAUACGGAGGCUGCACAUCCCCAGAUUCUACUCAUUUUAUGAUCUGAGUACUGUAUAUACCCUCCUGGAGAAAGUUAAGAGAAUCACAGUCGAGAACAGCAAGGUUUUUCUGGUCCCUUGUCUGUUCUCACAGCAUUUAAAAUCAUUGGAAUUCUUGGACCUCAGCGAAAAUUUGAUGGUUGAAGAAUAUUUGAAGAACGCAGCCUGUGAGGGCAGCUGGCCUUCCCUGCAAACUUUAAUUUUGAGGCAGAACCGUUUGAAAUCAAUAGAAAGAACUGGAAAGAUUUUACUGACUCUGAAAAACCUGACUGCCCUUGAUAUCAGCCGGAACAGCUUUCAGUCUAUGCCUGACUCUUGCCAGUGGCCAGGAAAGAUGCGUUUCCUGAACUUGUCCAGUACAGGGAUACAGGCAGUAAAAAUGUGCAUCCCUCAGACUCUGGAGGUGUUGGAUGUUAGUAACAACAAUCUCAUUUCGUUUUCUUUGUUUUUGCCUCUGCUCCGAGAGCUCUAUAUUUCCAGGAACAAGCUCCACACUCCCGAUGCCUCCUUGUUCCCUGUGUUACUGGUCAUGAAGAUCAGAGAGAAUGCCAUAAGUACUUUCUCUAAAGACCAACUUAGUUCUUUUCCCAAACUGGUGAGUCUGGAAGCAGGUGGCAACCACUUCAUCUGCUCCUGUGAACUCUUGUCCUUCACCUUGGAGCACCCAGCACUGGUCCAGGUCCUGGCCGGCUGGCCAGACAGUUACCUGUGUGACUCUCCCUCCCGCCUGCGUGGCCAGAGGGUCCAGGAUGCCCGGCCCUCAGUCUUGGAGUGCCACCAGACUCUACUAGUGUCUGGUGUCUGCUGUGCCCUUGUACUGUUGAUCCUGCUCAUAGGUGGCCUGUGCCACCAUUUCCAUGGGCUAUGGUACCUGCGGAUGAUGUGGGCGUGGCUGCAGGCCAAGAGGAAGCCCAAGAAAGCUCCUUGCAGGGACAUUUGCUAUGAUGCCUUUGUUUCCUACAGCGAGCAGGAUUCCUACUGGGUGGAGAACCUCAUGGUCCAGCAGUUGGAGAAUUCGGAACCUCCCUUCAAGCUAUGUCUCCACAAGCGGGACUUUGUUCCUGGCAAGUGGAUCAUUGACAACAUCAUCGACUCUAUUGAGAAGAGCCACAAAACCCUGUUUGUGCUUUCUGAGAACUUUGUGCGGAGCGAGUGGUGCAAGUAUGAGCUGGACUUCUCCCACUUCAGGCUCUUUGAUGAGAACAACGACGCCGGCAUCCUGGUUUUGCUGGAGCCCAUUGAGAAGAAAGCCAUCCCCCAGCGCUUCUGCAAGCUUCGCAAGAUAAUGAACACCAAGACCUACCUGGAAUGGCCCUUGGAUGAAGGCCAGCAGGAAGUGUUUUGGGUAAAUCUGAGAACUGCUAUAAAGUCCUAGGUUCUCCACCCAGUUCCUGUCAUGUGCUAUGACAUGAACUGUAACAAAGUUUAUUCUGACUUAAUUAUUUAAGUGCCAUAGAAUUGUACCCUUGAAGAUUUAAGUAUAACUAAUAAUUGUGAGCUUUAUCGUGAAUGCUGUUAUAAAAAUAUUUUAUAUUAGAAGAAUGGUAUCUUGUUUUUCUUUAUUUCACAGAUAGCCAAGAUCUCUCUCCAGUAUUGAUAUUUGAAUAACAUGUUCCCUUAGCAUGGCUGGAAAUGGCAUACAUAGACUGGAGAUUUAAUACUUGUACCGAGUCAGUGUGCUUGCUGAACAGAAACACAUGAGUUGGCUAUAGAGUAUCUACUUACCUGCCAUCUCUCUGUGUAACAUCUCAAGGGCAAGGAUUCACAAAAUCUGGGGCAUUCAGGCAAAUUUGUUGCUAGUAUUAGAGAGAGGGUUAUCUCCCCCUCAUCAGAUCUCUCAGUAUAAAUGGCACAGGCAGCAUUUUCAUGUAAGCUGGGUUUGUUUUGCUGAGAUCUGAUAGGUUUACUUUAGAUAUAAUUCUUUGAAAUAAUGUAUGUAACACAAGAUAUAGUAAAUCUUGUUUUGCCAUGAGAACAGAACUAGUGAGUAUAAAUAAAAUGUUGAUUUGGAAGGAUCUGAA